UCUGCAACAGGAUCAAACCAACACAGUGGUCAGCCAGAUUGUAUGCAUUUUGUAUUAAAAUUACUGAAAAACAAAUGGAUAUUAAUUUAACAGUCAAUUGUAAAUUUUACUCUUUUAUGAUUUGUUAGUUAUGUUGUUAGUUAAGAACUCUUAGAAAGUUGUUGUCUAAUCAACCAUUUGUGAAAUAAUACUCUUUCACCACUUGUUCUUUAAUAAAUAACUGUGUCCAGAGAAGUGAAGAAUAACAAUAUUCAACAUGGGCAAUCAACUAGUUGGGAUUGCUCCAUCUCAGAUUUUUCCAGUUGAGCAUUACCUAACUGAUCAUACAGAUCUUCAAUAUGAUAUGAACUUGGGCAGUACACGAUUCUUCAAAGUGGCAAGAGCACGGUCACAAGAGGGGCUGAUCGUGGUAAAAGUCUUUGCAAUUCAUGAUCCAACUCUGCCCCUGUCCAUGUAUCGAGACCGCAUUGAAGAGAUUCGUAACAGGCUGGCAUCAGCCAACAAUUGUCUGCCUAGUCAGCGAGUCAUUCUGACUGACCGUGCGGGGUUUCUGAUGCGAGGAUAUAUAAAGUAUAGCCUAUAUGAUCGUAUCUCCACCAGGCCAUUUCUCACUUCUUUGGAGAAAAAGUGGAUUGCAUUCCAACUGCUAUAUGCUCUACACCAGUGUCAUCGCCUUGGGAUUUGUCAUGGUGAUGUAAAAUUAGAAAACAUAUUGGUUACAUCAUGGCACUGGGUAUUGCUAUCCGAUUUUGCAUCUUUCAAACCAACUCAUCUUCCAGAAGACAAUCCAGCAGAUUUCUCUUACUUUUUUGACACUUCUCGGCGGAGAACGUGUUACAUUGCACCAGAAAGAUUUAUCAAGAGUUUAGCGUCAGAUAUGAGUCAAUUGCUGCCUUCUGAGGAAAACAUAAAAAAGGGGGAUCUCACACCAGCUAUGGACAUAUUUUCAGCCGGAUGUUGUUUGAUUGAACUCUUCACUGAUGGACAGCCUCCGUUUGACUUCUCUCAGUUGUUGGCGUACCGCAGUGGCGAGUUUUCUGUCGACAAGCACCUGGAGAAGAUAGAGGACACUGGUGUCAGGGCCUUAGUACGCAGCAUGGUGCAGCGAGAGGCAGGUAAGAGACUCUCGGCGGAAGACUACUUGUCUCAAGAGAGAGGGAAAGUUUUUCCUGACUAUUUCUACACUUUCCUGCAGUCCUACAUGCUUAUAUUCUCCUCAUCUACACCGAUACUGUCUCCAGAUGAGAAGAUUGAAAGACUAAAAAAAGAUAUUAAGAACAUUGUCAACAUGAUGAGAUCAGAGAGUGUAAAUCAAAAUAAAAAAGAGGAGAAACAAUGCAGCAUAAAUGAUGAUCCAUUGGUCAUAAUUACAUCUCUGGUCACUUCUUGUAUCAGGGGACUUCACUUGUCCAAUUCCAAGAUCCAGUGUCUGGAGAUACUGCUAGAGUUGGCUAGCCACACGUCUGCCGACACUGUACUGGACCGGAUAUUGCCCUACAUUCUGCACCUGAUCCAAGACCCUACUCACAGAGUACGAGUGAGUGCCCUCCAUACUCUGACCAAAUGCCUGAGUCUGGUGAAGAAAGUUCCUUCAACUGACACUAACGUGUUUCCAGAGUACAUACUGCCGACACUGGCCAGUGUAGCAAGUGAUGAAGCAGUUAUUGUAAGAACUGCUUUUGCUGAAAACAUUGCAGAACUCGCAACAACUGCAUUGAGGUUUCUGGAUUAUUGCCAAGUGGUGACCUUGUCGUCUAACGAGCCACCACGCCAGAGCUACGAGAGUGAGUUGUCCACUCUACAUGAGAUGGUGCAGCAGUCUGUAUCUGCCCUUCUCACAGACCCUCACAAUCUUGUUAAACAGACACUCAUCGAGAACGGCAUCAGCAAACUGUGCAUUUUUUUUGGUAAACAGAAAGGUCAGUCGAGAAUGUUCAUGUAGUUUUAUGAGAGAGUU